UUUGUACACACACCCUUACGAUUUGCACACACACGUGUGUGUCUGUUUGUAUAAUACUGCUCUGAAGAAAUUCAGGUUCUGAGGCUGCUGUUCUGCAGCCAGGACUCAGCUCUGUGAAUAGCUUACUCCGUAGAAGUGUAGGAAUGGGAGUUCAGCCUCAGCACACCAUCUCCUCCCAGCCUCUAACCACCCCAUUACCGACAGCACCUGCUGACCCUGGGUAGAAGCUUUUGCAGUUCAGUGUGAUGGGGGAUAUAAAAUGUAGGUUACUUCGACCGGGAGCAACCUCUGCAACUGCUGCUGUUGUCAUUGAUAGUUGUUUCAUUUUUCUGAAAGCAAAAAGAGAGAGAUUCUUUCCUGCCUCUGUCCUUACCUGUUACUGGGCUGAUGGGGUUUGAUGGGGUGUGUGUUGAUGGGGUGGCCAGGCUGCAAUGUGAUUCACACAUCAGUUCCCUCAUUUACUGUCCCAACUCCAUUCUUCCAACCACCCGUGUGCCAGCUCAGCCUGGGACAGGACACUUGUGGAGAAUAGUUCCUAUCAUAUAUUACUGAUGGAACUGUAGAGAAUCUGAGAGUCUCUUGGUUUCAUGGCAAAAAUCUACUUGAACAUACUUUUUCUGAGUUUAAAUGUUAAAAAGCGCAAUGCCUGCGGUAUAAUUAGCUGCUCAGGCAGAGAGCACCCUUGGGUACAGUACGGGGUAAAAUAAAUACAAGUCUAAAAUGUUUGCUUUUUGGUGGCUUGGCCAAGUUCCUGAGGAGCAGGAGCCUGUGUCCUACAAACUGUCACUGCAGAUGGUCUGGUUUGUCCAUCUUGCCAGAGGCCACGGGCUGAAGCAUCCUGAAGCAUGAGGAUAAGCCUGGUACCUGCUGCUGCAGUUGCUGCUUUGGCCAAGACUCUGGCAUGCCUGCACAUCCCAACACCCCAGCACUGCUUCAUCCCAACAUCCUGGUUGGAGGCAGAGGGAAAUCAUCCGUCAAAAGGGCCAUGUUCACAUCUGUCCUCUCUUAACUCUGUGACUGGAGACCCCCAGAGUGACUCCAACGGCACAGCUUCCCAGUCAGCGAGGGCUUUACGGAGGCAGUCCAAGCCUGUGGAGAUGACCGAGAAUGGCAGUCAUCAGCUGGUGGUAAAGGCCAGGUUCAAUUUUAAGCAGACCAAUGAGGAUGAACUCUCUGUUAACAAAGGAGACAUUAUUUAUGUCACCCGGGUUGAAGAAGGGGGCUGGUGGGAAGGGACCUUAAAUGGAAAAACAGGCUGGUUCCCAAGCAACUAUGUCAGAGAAAUUAAAUCCACUGAUAAACCACUCUCUCCCAAAGCAUUAAAAGGGCUAGAAAAUACUCAGUUGACAAAGAAUUAUUACCCUGUGGUGUUGCAAAAUAUUCUGGAAACAGAACGAGAUUAUGCGAAGGAACUACAGUCACUUCUGGGAACUUACUUAAGACCCCUCCAGUCUUAUGAUAAGCUCAGUGCUGGGGACAUCGCGGCAUUGCUGGGAAACAUGGAAGAAAUCUCUGCUUUUCAGCAAACACUGAACCAAGCUGUGGAAGAAGUUGCAAAGCUCCCCGAGAACCAGCAGCGUGUGGGAGGAUGUUUCAUGAACCUGAUGCCCCAGUUCCACUCCCUGUACCUGACAUACUGUGCUAACCAUCCGUCAGCAGUGAACGUCCUCACACAGCACAGUGAUGAGCUGGAGAAGUUCAUGGAGAGCCAGGGUGCGGCCAACCCAGGCAUUCUCAUCCUGACCACAAGCCUCAGCAAACCCUUCCUGAGGCUGGAUAAAUACGUGACACUGCUACAGGAGCUGGAGCGGCACAUGGAGGAGGCGCAUGCGGAUCAUGAAGAUGUUUUGAAAGCCGUCACAUCCUUCAAGUCCCUUGUGUCUCAAUGCCAGGAGCUGAGGAAGAGGAAACAACUCGAGCUGCAAAUCCUUUCUGAAUCCAUCCAGUGCUGGGAAGGAGAGGACAUAAAAACAAUGGGAAACAUCAUCUACAUGUCCCAGGUUAUGGUGCAGUGUGGGGGAAGUGAGGAAAAAGAGGAGCGGUAUUUCUUGUUAUUUUCCAAUGUUUUGCUGAUGCUGUCUGCAAGCCCACGGAUGAGUGGGUUCAUCUAUCAGGGAAAGCUGCCUUUGACAGGAAUGACGCUGACAAAGCUGGAAGAUGCCGAAGGGAGUGAGCACAUGUUUGAAAUUGCAGGGAACAUGAUGGAGCGGAUCACUGUGUCCUGCAGCACCAGCCAGGACUUGCAUGAAUGGCUUGACCACUUACAAAGGCUGACCAAAGGGAUGUGCAGCACCAUCUCCAAAACACAGUCCUGGAGCCCUCAUUCAACAUUUAGUUCAGCUGGGCAGAUCCGUGGCCCUCUGGAACCCCCCAAAAUCCUCAAGCCCUGGAGCUUGAGCUGCCUCCGUCCUGCUCCUCCACUCAGACCGUCAGCAGCACUGAGUUACAAAGAGAGGAUGUCUUAUAUCUUAAAGGAUUCCAGCAAAAGUCCAAAAACAAUGAAGAAGUUUCUUCCAAAAAGGAAAACUGAGAGAAAACCAUCCGAUGAAGAGUUUGUUAUUCGGAAAAGUACUGCUGCGCUGGAGGAGGAUGCUCAGAUCCUGAAGGUGAUCGAGGCAUACUGUACUGGGGCAGGCUUCCAGCAAGCUCUCAGCUCAGGCUCCCGUAAAGACUCCAUCCCCCAAGUCCUUCUUCCUGAGGAAGAGAAAAUCAUCAUAGAGGAAACGCGAAGCAAUGGCCAGUUGGUCACAGAGGAAAAGUAAGUGUGGCUGCUCUCCACUUCCAGAUAGACCCCUG